AUUUUAUAUUUUCUGAUAAUAUUGAAAAAGAUUUGGAUCCUCUCCCGGUUUCUCUGCAAGUUUUUUUAUAUCUGCCUGCCAACAGUUUGAAGAAAAACCCGAAGAAAAAUCUGUGUACUGCUACUACUUAUUGCAGCCAAGAAUUGAGAGAAAAAGUAGCAGAAGAAGAAGGUUGUCUGGUUAAUAAGUGAUCAAUUAGAAGCAUAUAUAUAUAUAUGUCUUAAUUUAUUAUUGAUUACAGGUGGAAAGAGUGGGAGUUGCAGGAGAAGAAGAAACCCCAAUUGGGAUGGGCAUAAGAGCAAUUAAAAUAAUAAUUAAAAAAAUAAAACAAGAAGAAGAAGAAGAAGAAGAGCAAUGACAUGGUCCAGUAGUGAUCGACAAACAUCGUCUCUCCAGCUUAUUACAGCACCAACUGGUAAUAACAAAGAAGCUAAUUCAAGAGCCGAUCAGCUAAUUAGGACAGUAAUUUGCCCUUCCUGUGGCACCACCAUUCAGCUCCAAGAUCAGGCUGGAGGGGUCCAAGAUUUGCCAGGAUUACCAUCAGGGGUAAAGUUCGAUCCAUCAGAUCAAGAAAUUCUGCAGCACCUGGAGGCCAAAGUGCUCUCUGAUGUAAGAAAACUCCAUCCCCUCAUCGAUGAAUUCAUCCCUACAAUUGAGGGUGAAAAUGGGAUUUGCUACACUCAUCCAGAGAAGCUUCCAGGAGCAAGUAAGGAUGGGCAAGUGAGGCAUUUCUUCCACAGGCCAUCAAAGGCAUACACGACGGGGACAAGGAAGCGAAGGAAGGUCCACAGCGACGCCGAGGGCGGGGAGACGAGGUGGCACAAGACAGGCAAGACACGGCCUGUCUCGACGCCGAAUGGUAAUGUCAAAGGCUACAAGAAAAUCCUCGUCCUCUACACCAACUACGGGCGGCAGAGGAAGCCGGAGAAGACUAAUUGGGUGAUGCAUCAGUACCAUUUAGGCGACAACGAGGAGGAGAAAGAUGGAGAAUUGGUUGUCUCCAAAGUUUUCUACCAAACACAGCCCAGACAGUGUGGUUCUUCAGGGACUAUGGUGAUGAUGAGAUCAAGAUCAUCGGAUCAGGGAGGAGUUGCUGACAAGUCGAGCGAAAGCAGCCGCGGCCUCGAUUUGGUGAAGAGUGCAAGCUUUUGUGAUUACUACAAUCCCCCCAGCUUUGUCUCUUCUUACAAUGUCGGGAAUCAGAAUAUGACCAUGAGUAUGAGCAUGAACACAGACAGCUUACCUCAGAUGAUGAUACCUACAGCAGCAGCAGCAAACAAUUUCGUUGUCCAUGGCGAUGGAUCAUCUUUUAUUCAUUUGCCUUCAGGUGGAAGCAAAGGCAAGUGAGGUUAUUACAAGGGAUCAAUUAAUGUCGGGUUAUUGAUGCUUCUUGUUGGUGAAAAUGCCCUAAGAUUUGCCAGGAAAUAUCAACAGGAAAAGGGCUUAGAAAUAUAAAAUAAAAAAAAAAAAAGGUAUUUAAUUG